AUGAGUACUGGGAAGAGGAAAUUAAGUAAUAAAUCUUUGAGAUUGUUACCACCUUUAGAGAAAUCUGUCAUACCUGGAUUCUUUCAAGAUCAAGAGGUAUUAAUUAAUGAUUUAUCGUUACUUAAUGAACUUGAUAGAAAACUUGAUUUAAGUUAUGAAUAUAUUAAUCGUACUAAUGCGGAAGGUAAUGAUGAAGAUGAAAGUGAGAAUGUGAAUCGGUUAGAUUUGACUCCAUUGGAAAGGUUAAUUGAAACAAGACAUCUUUUUUUCAUUGCUUUACAAUUUUAUUAUAUUAAUAUGGAGAGUGAGAAUGGGAAUAAAAAAAUUGGUAUUAAUGAAAUUUCUAAAUUGUUUGGUGGAUUACCAUUAGAUAGAUUAAAUAAAUUUAUUAAUAACAAAGGUGAAACAUGGGAAUUUACUGAUGAUGAAAUUGAAUUUCUACAAAUGAUCUAUGAAGAAGAUGCUGAAUAUGAAUACGGUGAUGAUGAUCCAAACGGUAGUGGUGUAGUGAUGAAAGAUUUUAUUGAGUUGUGUUUAGAAAGAUUUAGAAUGCCGGAUUAUAUAACAACGAUUUUUAAAAGAAGAAUAAGGAUUGCUGAAAGAAAGAAUGAAGAUUUGAAAAGCUCACUAUUGAAUGCAGCAUUACAAUAUGGAAUUGAAAAGGAGAAAUUAAAAGGUAAAGAAAGUUACGAAGAAUAUCUUAACGGUGGUGAUGAUGAUGACAAUGAAAACAUUCUUAUUGGUUUAGGUAUUGGUCUUGAAAACGUUCCAUCUAAAAUCAUAAUAAAAUUAUCGAAUGAUUUCCGGAAUCAAAUUAUACAUGAAUUAAAAAUAACUAAAGCAUUCAGAAUAACUAAAGUGGAAGCGAAGAAGAUUGGUAGAAGAAUGGGUUUAAGAGUAGCUGCAAAUGGUAGAGUCAUAAAUAUGAUAUGGGGUGAUUCACCAUUUUUUGGAGGUGAUACCAAUGGAGGGUUUAAGAAGUAUUUCUUCGCAAGAUAG